AUGGAAGAAAAUACUCAAAUGUUCGCUGAUAUAAAAAGCGAUUAAGAACUUAAAAAAAAAGCUAUGGUAAUCGAAAGCAUGUGUAUAAACUGUGAAGAAAACGGCAAAACAACUUUAUUAAUGGUAACCAUCCCAAUGUUCAAAUAAAUCAUAUUAAUGUCCUUUUGUUGCGAAACCUGCGGUUAUAGGAACUCUGAAGUCCAAUUUGGUGGAAAACUAAAUGACUAUGCUUCUAGAAUAACAUUAAAAGUGAAAGACAUAUCUGAUUUUAAACGAGAUUGUGUAAAAAGUGAACAUUGUACUAUAAGAAUAUCUGAAUUAGAUCUAGAAAUACCUUCAUCUGGUAAAGGAUCAGUGAAUACAAUCGAGGGAUUUUUAAUGAACGCAGUUUAGGACUUAGAGAGUGAUUAAGAAGAGAGGAAAGUAAAAAUUCCGGAAAUGUUUGAAAAAAUAAAAAAUUUCAUAGAAAAAUUAAAUAAAUUGAUUGAAGGAAAAGCGUUUCCUUUUACCUUCAUUUUCGAAGAUCCUUCUGGAAAUUCGUUUAUUAAAAACCCAUAUGCACCACAUAAUGAUCCUAAUUUACAUAUAGAAAAAAUAUCUAGGACCAAAGAAUAAUUAGAGGCAAUGGGAUAUUCAGCAGAAAACGCGAUUAUGAAUAUAAAUUAGGAAUAAAUGGAUACUUAAAAAGUAGAAAGAAUAAUAUAAUUAGAUGCCCAUAGAGUAGAUUUCUCAAAACCAUUGACUGAGGAUGUCAAGGGAGAAUCUUUAGUGUUCAAAGUACCGUGUCAUUCCUGUGGAUUGGAAGGCGAAUAGAAAAUGUGCUCUACUUCAAUUCCUUAUUUUAAAGAACUUAUAAUUAUGUCUUUCUUAUGUGGGUUUUGUGGAAGUAAGUCUACUGAAGUUAAACCUGGCGGCGAAAUGAGUGCUUUAGGUAGAAAAAUUGUACUCAAAGUGGAGACUUAAGAUGAUUUGAGGAGAGAUAUUUAUAAAUCGGAAACUUGCUUUGUGGAAAUACCGGAAUUAGAACUAGAAUUGUAAGCAGGAACAUUGGGAGGAGUAUAUACUACAGUGGAGGGAUUGUUGGAAAAAAUUUAGGAUAAUUUAGUAGAAAAUAAUCCUUUUGUAGGGGAUAGUGUUGAUCCUAUGUUCAAAGUAAAUAUGGAUAAAUUUAUUGAAAAUAUUAAUAAAAUUAGAAAUUUAGAGUCUAAAUUUGUAAUUAUUUUUAGAGAUAUUGGAGAUAACUCGUUUAUUCAAAAUCCAUAUUUCCCAAAUAAUGACCCCAGAGUAAUAAGUGAGACAUUCGAAAGAACUUUUGAAGAUAAUGAAGAAUUAGGAAUUAAUGAUAUGAAAGUAGAAAAUUAUGGAGAAUAAUUAGAAAAUAACGAAGUUAAUAAAAAUUGA